AUGUGUUGCAGAAUGCGCCUUCCUUUGUGGGCGGAAGGUCCAGCAGUCGGUCUUAGUAGCGCGAUGUUGCUUAUUCCGUAUCGUAUUCUGGGAACAAAGCUGCUGUGGUGGACAUGGCACGAUACCGAUCCAACCAUCAAGGACAGGAUGUUUUGGACACCGUGGAGCUUGUUCUACUUUUACGCGGCCUGUAUGUGCUCUUUUGUAUGGAUCAUACGCUUGUCCAGGCGAUUGCUGUUAGAAAAGGAAUACGACUGGAGGAAGUUUCCUAGAGAGAUAAUCUGCUCUGUUCUUGCCGGCAUGCUUGCCUUUUGGUUGGGAACCUUACAAUCCUCCUUUUUCUAUUAUCCACUUCAUGAUUUCUUCGGGAUACAUGCCGAAAUCACCACCGUUCUCUUCUUUUCCAUAUAUGCUGCGAUAGUUUUCGCUGCAGAUAGGAAAAACAGUGACGCAGAAGCAAGGAGAGUUCUAAUGAAAUUCCAUGCGUUCUAUUCAGCAAAGUUCCUCGAAAAUUUUGAAAUUGAAAAUCCUUGUCAAUAA